AUACAACUCACGGCCGUCUGAAGAUACCUCUCUGUUUAAUUCCUCGAUUUCCCCCUUCUUCUCCUGGCCUAUCCUCUUUCUAUCCUCAUUUCUCUUUAUUUCUUUUGUCAAAUUUCAUUUCGCUCUUUACGUCGGCACAAUUCAGCAUGUUAUGUUACUAUUACUACUACUACUUGGGAGGCUAUCUGAUCUUUGCUUGCAUACAUGCAUCUUACACACAUGGCUAAGGGUGGGUUGGUUCUCAUCACUUUUUUGUUUUUUAACACCUUUGAAAGGGUUGGCUACGGAAACAACAACUACUGGGACUAUGGACAAUCAUCAAUAUAACCGAAUUAUUCUUUCUAUCAAUCUGUGUUGUAAGGAACAAGCGUAGAGGAACGCAUGAAUGAAUGCGCGAAUAAUCACACCAUGGGAUUUCCCAACCGCGAAUCAGG